AUGGCAGCAAAUCUUCACGAAUUGGAAGAAAAAUUGUUUGGAAAAAUUCCUCAACUGCAAGCACCCUCGGUUUUAGAUUCACUCAACGAUGAAAAAAAGAAGAAAAUUGCCGAGUUUAGAUCCAGAAUAACAAAUCAAUGGAAAGAAGAUGAGCUUCUUCAUGAACAUGAUAAGAAGGAAAAUGGAAAUUACUUCUUAUCUGACUUGACUCUCUUCAGAUUUUUGUCUGGAUAUAAUUGGAACAUUGAUGAAGUGGAGCCUGUCUUAAAGGGAGCUUGUGAGUGGCGAAAGAAAUUUGAGCCAUGGAAUGUUCAUAUUGAUGAUGUUAAAGCAGUCGCACAGCAAGGUGCGAUUUUCCAUGUUGGUUUCGAUAAGCAUGGACAUCCAAUGAUUUAUGUUAAGCUUGGCUUGGAUAAAUUGGAAAAUAACGAAGAAAACAAAUUAUUGAAAUUUAAGUUCUUUGUGUGGCUGUACGAGCUUGUAAUUAGAAGAAUGCCAGAAAAUAUCUACCAAACUUCAUGGAUUGUUGACUUGACGGAUGCAUCAUUAAGCGUACAUCUUAUCAAAUCCAUGAAGGACAUGUUUCUUGAGUUAGGAACUUACUAUGUCGAAAGAAUGGCUGCAAUUAUUGUUGUAAACGUGCCAUGGAGUUUAAAGUUCCUUUGGGGUGUGGUGAAAAUGUUUUUAACACAACAAACGAUUGACAAGUACAAUAUUCAAGGAUCGUUGAAGGAAAAAGACAUGAACGCACUACUAACACAAAAGAUUUCAAAUGAUGUUCUCAUUGCUGACUACACCGGAUCUUACGAACACAAGUUUGAUUUUGAACAAAUUAGAGAGUAUGACAAUCUUAGACUUGGAAAGAAUUGA